UGAAGGAUCAAGAUUUUGUGAGAGUGUGAGUUUCGUGAUUACUUAAACCCUAGUAUUUCUAAUUUCUUCGACGUUUCUCUUCAAAACCCUAGUUAGCCUCUUUUUGUCUCCCCUGCAAUCAACGGCACCCCCCACAAAAAUGACAGGAGAGACAGUGAACCCAAAAGCUUACCCUUUGGCCGAUGCGCAACUCGCAAUAACAAUCUUGGAUCUUGUGCAACAAGCUGCCAACUACAAGCAACUAAAAAAGGGUGCUAAUGAAGCGACUAAGACACUGAACAGAGGCAUUUCUGAGUUCGUUGUGAUGGCCGCAGACACUGAGCCUCUUGAGAUUCUUCUCCAUCUUCCUCUCCUUGCUGAGGAUAAGAAUGUUCCCUAUGUAUUCGUUCCAUCAAAACAAGCACUUGGGCGAGCAUGUGGAGUCACACGGCCAGUGAUUGCAUGUUCUGUAACAACUAAUGAAGGAAGUCAACUCAAAUCCCAAAUUCAGCAACUAAAGGAUGCUAUUGAGAAGCUGUUAAUUUGAAAAUUUGAUAUUCGGUAUGACGGGCUUCUUGAGAGGCUUUGACUGGACCAGAUGUUGUAUUCAACAGACAAAGGUGUUUUAUGUGUAAACCUACAUUUAUAUUUACUUUUGCCGCGAAGGAUUGUUUGAAAGUAAUUUUGAAGUUAGCUCGCCGUUGUUAUUAAUUACACUUCUGUUAUAACUUAUAAAUUGUUCAAUGCUAUGCAUGUGGGGUGCUGUUAGGAAAAUUUAAACUUAUCUUGUUCUUUUUGGAUAAA